AUGGACUACAUCCCACACGUGAUUGCAGAUAUUGGAAGUAAUACAAUUAGGUUAGGAAGGGCAGGAGAGUGAAAUCCUGUCAUCAAUACUCCUUCCCAAGUUGGAAUUCUUCAAUCAUCUUCCGAUCCUCUGAUUGGAAGUGAAGAGCUGAAUCAAUACCAUGAAGGUCUCAAGAUGAAGCAAAUUGUUGAUCAAGAUAGCUACAUUUCUGAUUAUGAUAUCUUUGCUCAGAUCUUAGAAAAGGCUAGAAAUAAAGAUGUCAGCAUUGGCGCAUUUUUGACUGAGCCUGCCCAGCAAAGAAAAGAGAACAGAGCCAAAUUAGUCGAACAGAUAUUUGAAAAGUUAUCAUUUGAGCAGAUGUUUAUAGCUAAGGCUCCUGUCUUGAGCUCAUUCUCUGUUGGUUGAACCACAAGUCUGGUAUUUGAUAGUGGUGAAAACAACACCUAUGCAGUUCCAGUCCAUGACGGGUACAUUUCUCAAAGCACUAUUCAAAAAUCAAAAGUGGCUGGAAAUGUUAUUUCAGAGAAUGUCAAGAAAUUCCUUACCAAUCAGGCUUUUGAAAUAGACCCAAUUUCCAUCCUCGAAGCAGAUAAUUAUGAUCUCAAAGAGUUGAACCUUGCAAAGAAGGAUAUUCAUGAAAGUGUAUAUGCAUUCCAUAUUGAAAGGAUGGUUAAGAAAAUCAAGCACGAUCUCUUGGAAUGUAGUAUUGAGCCAAUCUCCAAAAGAGACCCUAGCUAUGAGUUUGAGUCCAAGACUUACUCUCUUCCUGAUGGCAAAUCUUUCACUGUGAAAGGAGAGCAGUUCAAAAUUCCUGAAAUUUUCUUCAUUUCAGAUUCCUCUUCUUCGGAAGAACAAAAAGAACCCAAAGAUGCAGAUGCUGAGAUGCAAGCUGAUGACCAGUAUAAUCAAAAGCUGGAUGGCUUCAAUGGGUUCCAGGGCUUAGUCCAGAAAGCAAUCAAUGCCUCCGAGAUGGACAUACGUAGAGAUUUGUAUAAAUAACAUUCUGUGUACUGGAGGAACAACCUUACUGAAAAACUUUGAAGAGAGGUUAAUCAGAGAUAUAGAAGAAGUAGCACCUCAAAAUUACACAGUCAAUUUUAUAAAAAAGAGAAACACCAGCUUUGGCACUGGGGAUAUGCUCUACAGCUCUUUCAUUGGAGCAUCUAUCCUCUCUUCUCUAUCAUCAUUCAAGCAUAUGUGGUUCACGAAGCAAGAGUAUGCUGAGCAUGGACCAAAUCAUAUUGAAAAGAAGUGUCCAUAAGACAAUUUUAAUCAAUUUUUGUCCUCUAG